AGAAAAGGAAGACCUCUGUAGCCCUAUCGGCUACUACAACACCAAAGACCGAUCCACCUAACUGGCUGACGCUACACCUCGGUCUUUCCGGGUCCUUGCACACUUGGGCCCAAUUCCUGCAGAGCUAAGGUCGAGGGGGAUCCGGAAGAAACCCUCUGAACAGGAACCGAAAUGAAUAAAAGUAGCUGGCAGAGUAGGAGAAGACGUGGAAGAAGAAGCCACCAGCAGAACCCUUGGUUCAGACUCCGUGAUUCUGACGACAGGUCCAACUCCCAGGCAGCACAGCCCGCUCAAGAUUCUGGCAGCCGUGAUGACGAGUCUCCGUCGACCUCGUCUGGCACAGCUGGGGCCUCCUCUGUGCCAGAGCUGCCUGGGUUUUACUUUGACCCUGAAAAGAAACGCUACUUCCGCUUGCUCCCUGGACAUAACAACUGCAACCCCCUCACGAAGGAGAGCAUCCGGCAGAAGGAAAUGGAGAGCAAGAGACUGCGGCUGCUGGAGGAAGAGGACAAGCAGAAAAAGAUUGCCAGGAUGGGAUUUAAUGCAUCUGCCAUGCUACGAAAAAGCCAGCUGGGUUUUCUCAACGUCAGCAAUUAUUGCCGUUUAGCCCACGAGCUGCGUCUCAGCUGCAUGGAGAGGAAAAAGGUUCAGAUUCGGAGCUUGGAUCCCUCUGCCUUGGCAAGCGACCGAUUUAACCUAAUACUGGCAGAUACCAACAGUGACCGGCUCUUCACAGUCAAUGAUGUCAAAGUCGGAGGCUCCAAGUAUGGCAUCAUCAACCUGCAGAGUCUGAAGACCCCCGCGCUCAAGGUGUUCAUGCACGAAAACCUCUACUUCACCAACCGGAAGGUGAACUCGGUGUGCUGGGCCUCGCUGAAUCACUUGGAUUCCCAUAUUCUGCUGUGCCUCAUGGGACUCGCAGAGACUCCAGGCUGUGCCACCCUGCUCCCAGCAUCACUGUUUGUCAAUAGUCACCCAGCAGGAAUAGACCGGCCUGGCAUGCUCUGCAGCUUCCGGAUCCCUGGUGCCUGGUCCUGUGCCUGGUCCCUGAAUAUCAAAGCAAAUAACUGCUUCAGUACAGGCUUGUCUCGGCGCGUCCUGUUGACCAACGUCGUGACGGGACACCGGCAGUCCUUUGGGACCAGCAGUGACGUCUUGGCCCAGCAGUUUGCUCUCAUGACUCCUCUGCUGUUUAAUGGCUGCCGCUCUGGGGAGAUCUUUGCCAUUGAUCUGCGUUGUGGAAAUCAAGGCAAGGGGUGGAAGGCCACUCGUCUGUUUCAUGACUCAGCAGUGACCUCUGUGCGGAUUGUCCAAGACGAGCAAUGCCUGAUGGCGUCAGACAUGGCUGGAAAGAUCAAGCUGUGGGACCUGAGGACCACUAAGUGCAUAAGGCAGUAUAAAGGCCACGUGAACGAGUACGCCUACCUGCCCCUGCAUGUGCAUGAGGAAGAAGGAAUCCUGAUGGCAGGAUCAUGGCGGUACAGGAAGGGAUAGCUAGAGAGUAGAUUACAUGCACAACUUUGGGCAAGGACAGAUACCUCCACAGGAGAAAUUGGACCGGGACAGGCAAGUGCUGCCUCCAUUUCAAGCCUCAUCGUGGUUCUUCGGCCAUAAUGAAGCCUGGCUGAGGGCAAGAUGCCAAGGGACGACAUCCUUUCAGCUUCUCUUCACACACACGAGCAGAUGGUGCCACGGUGCUCCCUAAUACGAGUUAAUAAGAACCUACUGUUGGUCAGGCCCCCUGAAUUUUUCUUUUUUUUUUGAGACAUGGUCUCAACCUUUUCCCCAGCCUGGAUUGCAUGAAUUGCAGUAGCACAAUUCCUACUCACUGCAGUCUUGACCUCCUGGGCUUGAGCAAUCCUCCCACCUCAGCCUCCUGAUAAGCUGGGCCAACAGGUGUGCACCGCUACACUCAGUUAAUUGUUUAUUUUUUGUAGAGAUGGGGUUUCCCUAUGUUGCCCAGGUUGGUCUUGAACUCCUAGGCUCCAGUGAUCUGGCCUCGGCUCUGGAAGUGCUGGCAUUACAGAUAUGAGCCAUUUGUGAGGCACUUUUCACCCUCACACUAACCCCAUGGCACAGCUGGGGAAACAAGUGUCUUGAGUUAAAGUGAUUUGGCAAGAAGGGCUGACCUGGAAUUAAGAUUCGCUCUUCCUAGUAGGGCAUGGUGGCUCACGCCUGUAAUCCCAACACUUGGGAAGGCUGAGGUGGGCGGAUCACCAGAGGUCGGGAGUUCGAGACCAACUUGGCCAACAUGGCGAAACCCCGUCUCUACUAAAAAUACAAAAAUUAGCCAGGUGUGGUGGAGGGCACCUGUGAUCUCAAGUACACAAGAAGCUGAGGCAGGAGGAUCACUUGAACCUGGGAGGCAGAGGUUGCAGUGAGCUGAGAUCGUACCACUGCACAUUCCAGCCUGGGCAACAGAGCAAAGCUCCGUCUCAACAACAACAACAACAACAAAAAGAUUCUAUUCUUCCCAACUCUGAAGCCCCUGCUCCCCUCACGGCGGCAUCCUGCACUUUUUCCAGGCCCAGGUUAACAACAACGGGGAAGAGGUGAGAGAUUUUUCUAACAGGGUAAACCCUCCUCCCCGCCCAACUCCACCCUCCUGGGCUGCUCUUCUAGUCACAUGAUCCUUUGCCCCAUUUGACCCAGUUGAUCUUGAGCUCAUCCACUUUUUCCACAUGGCUCAGAGGCAAGGGUGACAUUUUUCUCAUUUAUUGUGGGAGAAAAGCAAGCUCUGCCAAGCCCAGAGUUUCUGGUCUCUCCUGUCCCAACACAAACCAUUCAUUCACAGUCUUCCUGCAAUUAUUCCUGGUGCUGGGUUUUAUUUCUAGGAAGCCUUCUGUCCCUCAGCCUCACCAGCCCUUUGCUUUUCAGCCUAGAAGCUCAGGCCAUUUGAGGUUUGCAUGUUCGGCUGUGGGCAUGGGGAAUGCAGUGACUACACCUGGUUGGCAUCCCAUACCACAGCCCGGGUAGUGGGGAGGCCAAGAAGUGGGCUGAAUACAGGCUCAGGCCUCUCUCUCCUUGCCCCCAAAGGCAUUCUCUCCAGCAGGUGACUGGGCGUGACCACUGCAGUGCUGGUCUGAAACCAGUCAGUGGGUUCAAUGGGAGGGUCGGCUGCCGCCGGAACACCCCAGCCCUCUGUCGGAGCACGUCCGUCUUUGGCGAGGUCACCCACUUCUCUCUGUUCUAAGAGCAUCUCUUCCCUUCAUAGCCCUCAACCUGAAUUUCUAAGACAGAUGUUUAGAUGAACUCUCAAUGGUAGCUUACAUUUUAAAAAUGUAUUUGUAUCUCCAAGGGUGCUGUUUCCUCCCUGAGAUUGGAGCAAGGAGCCAGCUCUACCCUCAGCUUCUGUUCCCCCUGGAGAGGAGGUGAGAAGAGGAAGGGCUUCUCAGGCCUCCGCCCUUGCACUCCAUACCAAGGAGUGCCAGGUUUGAAAGGAGAGGCUUCAGUUCCCCCCUGCUAGGGGGAUACCAAGGAGCCACAUUACUCAACCUCAAUAAAGCACUUCCACAGUUAUCAGCAGGGCCCCAGGUCAUCGCUGGCUAUUUCCAUCAAGUACAGAGCAAAGGCCAAGCUUACACCUGCAAUCCUAGCACUUUGGGAGGCCGAGAUGGGAGGAUUGCUUGAGCUCAGCCUGGUGGAUCAUUUGAGACCAGCCUGGGCAACACAAGGAAACCCCGUCUUUACAAGACACACACACACAUACAGAAAAAGAGAGUGUGUGUGUCUCUGUUAGGCCAGGGUGAAGUGCAGUGGUGUGAUCUCGCCUUACCGCAACCUCUGCUUCCUGGGGUUCAAGUAGUUUUCCUUCCUCACUCCCUACUAGCUGGGAUUACAGGUGCCUGACACCACACACAGCUAAUUUUUUUGUAUUUCUAGUGGAGAUGGGGUUUCACCACAUUGGACAGGCUGGUUUCGAACUCCUGACCUCUCCUCGGCCUCCCAAAGUGCUGGGAUUACAGGUGUGAGCCACCAUGUCCAGCUCAGGAUGUCCUUUUUCAAGUAUUUCCUCUCAGUUUAUUAGUGCCCAAGGGAAAAGCCAAAGCAGGUGAUAGAUAAUAAAGAAGGUGGGGCUUUAGAACACAUAGCGUGUCAGAACUCUAGUGUGAGUGGAACGUGAUCUAUUGAGUCACCAUAAGUAGCCCAGAAAGGAGCUCCUGAUAGGUGAAGGGGGUAUAGCUCAGUGGAAGAGCAUUUGACUGCAGAUCAGGAGGUCCCUGGUUCAAAUCCAGGUGAGGCCUUUGACUGCAGAUCAAGAGGUCCCCGGUUCAAAUCCGGGUGCCCCCUUCCCGGGUGUUUUCUCACUGCCGUUUAUUUUCUAUUUUUAAUUUUAUUUAUUUAUUUAUUUUUGAGACAGAGUAUCGCUGUUGUUACCCAGAGUGGAGUGCAAUGGCGCGAUCUCACCUCACCGCGACCUCCGCCUCCUGGGUUCAGGCAAUUCUCCCGCCUCAGCCUCCUGAGUAGCUGGGACUACAUGCAUGCGCCACCAGGCCCAGCUAAUUUUUCUAUUUUUAGUAGAGACGGGGUUUCACCAUGUUGACCAGGAUGGUCUCGAUCUCUUGACCUCGUGAUCCACCCACCUCGGCCUCCUAAAGUGCUGGGAUUAUAGGCGUGAGCCACAGCACCCGGCCUCUCACUUCCAUUUAAAAGGAAAUGCUGUGACUCACAGUGUCACCACAAAAGAUUAAGGAACUUUUAACGUUCCUCCCAUGUUCCAGCUGACCACUAGGACAAAAAGCCCCUUUAGGACCUCCUUUGUCUUCAAUUAAGACCAAGUCCUAGCCAGGCAUGGUGGCUCAUGCCUGUAAUCCAAGCACUUUGGGCGGGCAAAGCAGGGGAUCCUCAGGUCAGCAGAUCAAGACCAUCCUGGCCAGCAUGGUGAAACUCCAACUCUACUAAGAAUACAAAAAAAAAAAAAAGAAAAUUAAAUCUCUGAGGAAAUUCUAAAUCUGUAAGUCUGAGAGCUGUGAAUGCAAUUUGGCUAUCAGGUAUAUGUCAGUGUAUAUAUAAAAAUGUUUCACCGGGCGCCGUGGCUCACGCCUGUAAUCCCAGCAUUUUGGGAGGCCGAGGCGAGCAGAUCACAAGGUCAAGAGAUUCAGACCAUCGUGGUCAACAUGGUGAAACCCCAUCUCUACUAAAAAUACAAAAAUUCACCGGGUGUGGUUGGUGCACUGUAAUCCCAGCUACUUGGGAGGCUGUGGCAGAACUGCUUGAACCCAGGAGGCGGAGGCUGCAGUGAGAUGAGAUCAUGCCACUGUACUCAAGCCUGGGUGACAGAGACUCCAGGCACAAUGGCUCAUGCCUGUAAUCCCAGCAUUUUGGGAGGCCAAGGCAGGCAGACCACGAGGUGAAGAGAUCGAGACCAUCUGGCUAAAAUAGUGAAAUCCCAUCUCUACAAAAAUACAAAAAUUAGCUAAGCGUGCUGGCGCCCACCUGUAGUUCCAACUACUCAGGAUGCUGAGGCAGGAGAAUUGCUUGAACCUGGGAGGUGGAGCUUGCAGUGAGCCAAGAUCGUGCCACUGUACUCCAGCCUGGCACCUGGUGACAGAACCAGACUGUCUCAAAGAAAGGCACAAACUCUUUGAUGACAUCCUUUGCCGUGGUCCUUCACCGCUACACAAUUACAACCACUUUACAGGGUUUUCCCUCUGUCAGUUUUACUGUGGCCCAUCCCUUCCCAUAGUUUCUUGUUAUCAACCUUAAUUAGGGUGAUCUGGUGUUCAGCACCAAGGGCCUUCACCAGCCACAUAGGCAGGCUCAUCGCAGUUGGGGGCAGCACACAAGGAUGGGCCCAGUGCUUGUCUAAGAUUUGACAGCUUCUUGAAUUCCACGUGCCAAGCUAUCGUGGAUGAGGGUGGGCCUUCAGGACCUCUUGUAAAGCAGUAUUAAGGUCCUUGACACCUCCAGCAGUCAUGCUUUCCUGGGCCUUGCAGCAGGUUACGGGUGAAGCUGAUUCUUGAACUCACCUGAGCCUCUGCCUCCACUACUCAGUGGCGGUGGGGAAAGAGCAGAAGCUUGUUUUUCAUUAACAGUCACUGCACCUAAAAUGUGCUCUAGGUUCCUUGAAAAAGGGUUAAACUUGGCCAAGAAGUUGAUAAAGCAUUUCAACCAGUUUGCUUGUUACCAAUAAUGUCAUAAAAAGUAAUAUAUCAUCAUCUCCAAGUAUUUUUCCUUUUUUUUGGACAAGGUCUCACUCUGUUGCCCAGGCUAGAGUACAGCGGGUGUGAUCUUGGCUCACUGCAGUGGCAGCCUUCACCUCCCAGGCUCAAACAGUCCUCCCACCUCAGCCUCCUGAGUAGCUGGGAUUACAGGUGUGUACCACCUCACCUGGCUUUUGAGGUUAAAUGGUUUCUUUUUAUGUAGAGAUGGGAUUUUGCCAUGUUGCUCCGGUUUGUCUAGAACUCACUUUGGCCUCCCAAAGCACUGGGAUUACAGGUGUGUGCCUGGCCUUGAAGGGUUUUCAUUUUGCCCUACUCCCCAGGUGACAAUAAAGAGAGCGAAUGGGCAGGUGAUUGUGACAGCAGCACUGAGCUGUGAUAGACCCCUUGCUAACUAGCCCGGUGUCUGCCUGCUUAUAGCCUUCUAGAGAUGACGAUCAAUGGCACACACUGGUUACCAAAAAUGCCCACAAAUACUGGCCAGGUGAGGUGACUCAUGCCUGUAAUCCCAGCGCUUUGGAAGGCCAGGGUGGGCAGAUCACUAGAGGUCAGGAUUCCUGGCCAACAUGGUGAAACCCCGUCUCUACUGAAAAUACAGAAAUUAAAAUACGGGAAGAAAGAGAGCAGUUAGACGUGCUCAGAUUUUGUACAGUAACUAAAACAUCCUAUUCAUGAUAAGAAUUACAGAUUACGACUGUAGGUUCCAUUGUCUCUCCGUAAUAAUGGUAGGGCUGAAGUACUAAAUGCAAAUAUAACUGCAACAUUAGCAUUCAAUCAAUUAUUAUUAUUAUUUUUGAGAUGGAGUUUCACUGUUGUUACCCAGAUUGGAGUGCAAUGGCACCAUCUCGGCUUACUGCAACCUCCACCUUCUGGGUUCAAGCAAUGCUCCGGUCUCAGCCUUCCGAAUAACUGGGACUGCAGGCGUGCACCACCAUGCCCAGCUAAUAUUUGUAUUUUUUAGUAGAGACGGGGUUUCACCUUGUUGACCAGAAUGGUCUCUAUCUCUUGAUCUUGUGAUCCACUCACCUCGGCCUCCUAAUAUUUGUAUUUUUUAGUAGAGAUGGGGUUUCACCUUGUUGACCAGAAUGGUCUCUAUCUCUUGAUCUUGUGAUCCACCCACCUCGGCCUCCCAAAGUGCUGGGAUUAUAGGCGUGAGCCACCAUUCCUGGCCCUAUUCAAAAUUUUUUUUAACAAUUAGAAGCUGUCCAGGAGCAGUGGCUGACGCCUACAACUGUAAUCCCAGCACAUUGGGAGUCCAAGGCAGCAGAUUGCUUGAGUCCAGGAGUUCAAGACCAGCGUGGGCAACAUGGCAAAACCCCCUCUAUAAAAUUUUUUAAAAUGCUGGAAGCUUAGUUCCUGUCAUAGGCUAGAUCAACUUGCUUAAUCUUUGAGCCAGUGAGUCUUUGUGUGAAUGAUAAAGUUACUGUUAGUGCCAACGUGCUACUGCCCUUGGCCAUGAGAACCUCUGAGCCAAUGGAAAUGAUCAAAGCUAAGCUUCUGGACAACACUAGCAAGUACCUGGAUUCUUAACUUUCCUCUUUCAUUUUUGAGAUAAAGUCUCACUCUGUCUCAGGCUGGAGUGCACUGGCGCAAUCUCAGCUCACUGCAACCUUCACCUCUUGUGUUCAAGCAAUUCUCUUACCUCAACUUCCAUGCAUGCCAGCACGCCCAGCUAAUUUUUUUUGUAGUUUUAGGGGAGAUGGGGUUUCUCCAUGUUGGCCAGAAUGGUCUUGCUCUCUUAACCUUGUGACCCACCCCACCUUUGCCUCCCAAAGUGCUGGGUUAACAAGCGUGAGCUGCCACAUCUGACCAAUUCUUAACUUUCCACUUAAGGAAAAGCUACUGACCUUUCCUGGAAAUAUAAAAGAAUCCACAAGCUGUGAAGGGGAAGGAAAACGGGGAGAAGCUCUACAGUGUGAUGGUGGUAGAAAGGGUCCAAACCUGCCGGGACUCAGGCCAGCUGGGAGUGUGCCCAGCCACGCUGGGCUUUUGAUCCUCUAGGAGUCAGCAUCGUAGGCUAUCAGAUGAGAACACUACUGCACACCUUCCAGUGUGGUUGUGAGAAUUAACCAUGUGAGGCUUCCAGCAUAGCACCAGGCACGUAAAUAUUAGUUCUCUUUGCUAUUUGAGUUUCCACAUAAAUCAGCAGUUAAAUCCUAGGGAUGUGUAAGGAU